UGUCAUUCGACCUUAAGCGCGAAUACCGUUUCGCUUACUUAAUGUAUGUGAGAGAGAGAAGUGUUCUCUCUACCCACCACAAUACGGUUCGUGAUCUUAUCAUACAAAAUAUAUGAUCAGUUUACAUUUGGUCAUCAACUGAUAAACAAGUGUUUUUAUUAUAACAUCUCCGAAACAUCGAAAGUGACUGUAAGUGUUAAAGGUUGCAGUCAUAGAGUAGUGACACUUAAAUUGACGACGAGGAAAAGUGUAGCGAAUUAUAAAUUCACUUACCGCGUUGGUCAGUUUGUGUGUUUUACCGCCGCAUCUAUAAUUCGUGCUAAGCGCGUGAUUGCGAAUUGAACAAACUAUAGCUUUGAAGAGUCGGUUUCGGCUGUGACAAAGUCUAUCUGUUUUAGAAAAGUAUUCAGUGCGUAUUUAUACAUUGUUCUUGAACAGGCUGAGCAAAAUUGCUAGAGUGCCACAUCGCAAGCUUGCCGUUGAAUCGGUGUAUAGCUAAGUUGGAAGUGCCAUUUUGUACGUGGAAGUUGAGCUUGCCUGUUAAAGGUGUACAGCUUUGUUCGACAUUCUUUUGUGUUUCGCCAUUUCGGAUCGAUCAUCAGUGGAUAAGGGAAUCAUCAUCGCCAUUGCCCAGUUCGACAAGCGCCUAGAGAGUGAGCUGCCAAAGUGAGAUCAUUUGCCGAGAGAAUUCACGUAUCAUCACGUAGCGAUUUGGUGAGUGAAUUGAGAGCAACACAUCCAAUAACAUUGGUGAGUAAUAACCGUGAAUUUUAUGCUUCUAGUGACCGCAUCUCUCAGCUCUGUUUGAGAUGGCUAAUGUUCAAGCUAACAUUGUAGGAUCCAUGGAACCUUAUGUUCCUGGAACAUUAUUUAGCCAAUACGCGGAACGAUUCGAGCAUUUCUUUGAAUUCAACCAAACUCCAGAUGAACGCAAAAGAUCUCUUUUUAUCACGCUCAGCGGCCCUAUUAUUUUCAAUGAACUGAAAUUAUUAUAUCCCGGACAAAACCUUAAUACUGUUAAUUAUAAUGACAUGAUCGCUCGACUGAAAGCUAGAUUCGACAAAGAAGACACAGAUGUUGUACAAUGUUUCAAGCUGGAAUCCAGAAUUCAAACGGAAGACGAAACGGUUGAAAGUUUCAUUCUGGACUUGAAAUUAAUUGCUUCACAAUGCGAUUUAGGUGACUAUAAGGAAAAGGCUAUACGGAACAGGAUUUUAGUAGGGAUUAGGGAUAAAGAUUUGCAGAGAGAACUUUUGAAACAGGAUCGUUUAACCUUGCAAUCGGCUGAAAGGAUUGUAACGCAAUGGGAAUUAGCCUCAAACAGAGCAAAAAUUCUGGGCAGCAAUCAUCAUCAAAAUGCAUCUGUGGGCUCAGUGAGAGAGAGAUUGGGUAGGGCGGUUCACGGUGGUAAUAGGUACCAAUCUACGAACGAAAGGAAUGUUGACUACCGUAGUCGUAGUAGAAGUCGUGGAGAUCCGAGAUCCAGAAGGGUAUCUUUCGACCACAGGAGCAGCAGCAGAAACCGAGAAAGCAGAUAUGCCAAUUUGACUUGCAAUCGUUGUGGUCAAAAAGGACAUAUUAAACGGCUAUGCAACGUUUUCAUCCACAACAGAGCGGGUCCAAGCAGAGCAGAUCGUGUUCAGAGUGUUGCUAUUCCGGCUCCUUCGAGGAAUACGGUUAGCAAUAUAAAUCAAGCGCUGAACCGACUAAGAGUAGAGAUGAGUGAGGAGUCUGAGGAAGAAAAUUCAGGUGAUUUUUAUUGGUGUAUGAUGGUAUCGAACGAUAAGGGAUCAAACCGCUCAUGUUUAGUUGAUGUUGUUGUUGAAGGUCAUAAUAUUAUAAUGGAAGUUGAUACUGGUUCAGCUGUGUCUGUUAUGGGCGAAAAUAUGUUUCAAAAAAUUUUCUCGGUUAAUGUUUUUAAAAGCAAUCGAAAAUUAGUGGUUGUGAAUGGUGGUAAACUUGAUGUACUUGGGGAGGCCAAUGUGUGGAUCAAUUUAAACAACCACAUAGAAAAAUUACCUUUGGUUAUCUUAAAAGAAAAUGUUCAACGAUCCAGUCAUAAUUUAUAUCCGCUGUUAGGAAGAGAAUGGUUAGAUGUAUUUUUCCCUCGAUGGAGAGAUACAUUCGCUAGGCAAACCUCAAGUAUUAAACAUGUUUCUGUAUUUCCGCAUAAAGAUUCUAUAAUUGCAGAAUUGAAGACAAAGUUUUCGAACGUUUUUGAAAAAGAUUUUUCUGAGCCUAUUCGCGGAUAUGAAGCAGAACUUGUAUUAAAAGAUAAUAAACCCAUAUUUAAAAAAGCCUAUGACGUUCCCUAUGGUCUUAGGGAGAAGGUUUUAGAGCAUUUAGAGAAGUUAGAAAAAGAAAAUGUAAUAACUCCAAUAGAAACCAGCGAAUGGGCUUCGCCAGUUAUUGCUGUAGUGAAGAAAAAUCAGGAUAUACGUUUAGUUAUAGAUUGCAAGGUAUCUAUAAAUAAAUGUAUUAUUCCGAAUACUUACCCCCUACCUGUGGCACAAGAUAUUUUUGCUAAAUUGUCGGGCUGUACUACAUUUUGUGUUUUAGAUCUUGAAGGAGCUUACACACAGUUAUCUUUAUCAGAGAAAAGUAAAAAAUUUAUGGUGAUAAACACAAUUAAGGGGCUAUUCACAUAUAAUAGGCUACCUCAGGGUGUAUCUUCUAGCUGUGCCAUUUUUCAGAGCACGAUGGAGAGAAUUUUAGAUAAUAUUGAAGGGGUUUCUGUUUAUUUAGACGACGUUUUGAUUUCAGGGAGAAAUGCUGAAGAGUGUAAAAAACGAUUAAUUCUUGUACUAAAGCGUUUGUCAAUAGCUAACAUUAAGGUAAAUUGGCAGAAAUGUAAGUUUUUUGUAUCCGAAUUAUCUUAUUUGGGACAUAUUAUUUCACACAAAGGGUUGAGUCCUUGCCCUGAUAAACUUACAACUAUAAAAAAUGCAUCCAUACCAAGGAAUACAACUGAAUUGAAGUCGUAUCUGGGACUUAUAAAUUACUAUGGUAAAUUUGUGCCUAAACUUGCAUUUCAGCUUUCACCACUUUAUAAGUUGUUGAAAAAAGAUAGUAAAUUUAACUGGACAAUUGAUUGUCAGAAAUCUUUUGAACUAAGUAAAAAUGCCUUGCUAAAAUCAAAAAUGUUAGAUUUUUAUGAUCCUACCAAGCCUUUGGUUGUUAUAACAGACGCUUGUAACUAUGGAUUGGGUGGAGUUUUGGCACAAGUGGUAAAUGGAGAAGAGAAACCCAUUAGCUUUACAUCCUUUUCGUUAAAUAACGCACAAAAAUCAUACCCUAUAUUACAUUUAGAGGCUCUGGCACUUGUGUGUACUAUCAAGAAGUUCCACAAAUAUCUUUAUGGCCACAAGUUCACGGUUUAUACGGACCAUAAACCUCUUAUGGGUAUUUUCGGUAAAGAAGGAAAAAACUCAAUCUUUGUUACUAGAUUGCAGAGAUAUAUAUUAGAGUUGUCGAUAUAUGAUUUCGAAAUAUGCUACAGAAAAGGGGAAAAGCUUGCAAAUGCUGAUUUCUGCUCAAGAUUUCCUCUGCUAGAAAAUGUUCCUCCAAACCUUGAUACAACAGUUAUACAACAUUUAAAUUAUGAGAGCACUGUGCCUUUAGACUAUUCAAAAGUUGCUAUGGAAACAGAAAAAGAUAACAUCUUAAAUCAGGUCUCUAAAUUUGUUCAAUUAGGUUGGCCACAAAGAAUUGAAAAAGAAUUUAAAAAUAUGUUUUCAAAACAAGUUGAUUUAGAAAUAAUGAAAGGCUGUUUACUUUUUCAAAAUCGGGUGGUGAUACCAAAGAGUCUUAUUCCAAAAAUAUUGAAGUUGUUGCAUGUAAAUCAUUCCGGAAUCGUUAAAAUGAAGCAGCUUGCUAGAAAAACUGUUUAUUGGGAAGGAAUAAAUUCCAAUAUUGAACAACAUGUACGAAAUUGUAUCACAUGCUGUAGAAUGGCGAUAGAGCCGACGAAAGUAAAGGAUUCCUAUUGGAUUCCGACAACAAAACCAUUUAGCAGGAUACAUGCGGAUUUUUUUUAUUUGGGACAAAAAAUAUUUUUAAUAAUUGUUGACAGCUAUUCUAAAUGGAUCGAAAUAGAAUGGAUGAAACAUGGUACGGACGCAUCCAAAGUAAUCAAGAAAUUUGCUAAAAUAUUUUCUGUUUUUGGUUUACCAGAUAUCGUAGUAACAGACAAUGGCCCUCCGUUUAGUUCACAAACCUUUAUCAACUUUCUAAAAAAUCAAGGGAUCGAAGUUCUUAAGAGUCCACCUUAUCAUCCUUCAAGUAAUGGUCAGGCAGAAAGGAUGGUAAGGCUGGUGAAAGAUGUGUUAAAAAAGUAUAUGUUGGAGCCAGAAAUCAAGUCAUGGGAUACUGAAGACCAGUUAAAUUACUUCCUUUUCAAUUAUAGAAAUACAUGUGUAACUAGUGAGGAAAGAUUUCCAUCAGAAAAAAUAUUUAAGUAUAGGCCAAAAACACUCAUAGAUCUGAUUAACCCAAAAUAUCAUUUCUCGAGAAAUAUGAUUGAGCAACCCGUUGAAUAUAAACACCGAAAGCAAAUUACCGUUGACAAAAACAAAUCAAGUGAUAAAUUUGAAAGUUUAGUGUUAGGUGACAAAGUGUGGAUAAAAAACUAUAGACAGCAUGAGUUUGCGAAAUGGAUAGAAGCAUCAUUUAUAAAACGAAUAUCUUUGAACACAUUUCAGGUGGCGUGUGGAAGCGUGACUACAAAUGUCCACAAAGAUCAGAUGAGGAUACAGAAUAGAAUGCCAUCUCGACAAAACAUUCUUGUACCCAUUGUAUCCAAAAAUAGAAAAAGAAAAUUGUCGAUAGAAGAUGAAGAAGAUUUCGAAGGUUUCGGCAAUGAAUCAAAAUUAUGUAAUCAAGAUGAAUAUUCAAAUGAAAUAAAUUCUGAAUUAGAAACAGUUAGAAGAUCAGCAAGAAUUAAAAAUAAAAGAAUAGCACUCAGUAAUCAAAGGGUAAAGCUCAAAUGAAAUUGAAUAGGUGUAUUAUGUAUUUAUGUAAGUAAUAUUUUAAAAGGGGAGAAUUAUUAUGUCAUUCGACCUUAAGCGCGAAUACCGUUUCGCUUACUUAAUGUAUGUGAGAGAGAGAAGUGUUCUCUCUACCCACCACAAUACGGUUCGUGAUCUUAUCAUACAAAAUAUAUGAUCAGUUUACAUUUGGUCAUCAACUGAUAAACAAGUGUUUUAUUAUAACAUCUCCGAAACAUCGAAAGUGACUGUAAGUGUUAAAGGUUGCAGUCAUAGAGUAGUGACACUUAAACAGCAAGGUAAAAUUUACCUGAAUCGAGGUUGGAAAAAAGAUACAAUUCACCUAGAAAAAAAGGUAAAUCCAAAUAAGAUAAAACUUACCUCUUAGCGAGGUGGAAUUGACCUGGAUUGAGCUAAACAAAACGGUACAAUCAUCUCGAACAAAAGAACUAUUUGCCGAAUCCGUUAAUUGAGGUUAAGCUGUUUUGUCGUUCAGAAGGGAAGUUUUGUUUCGUGCCAAUAUGGAAAAAUCGGAACAGAAUUAUCAGCCCAGCUUCGAGGUGUAUUCCACGUCAUCCUACAGAUAUCAUUCCGGAAAAGCCGGACCUGACUGGAUGUCGCCAUUAUGGCGCGGAAGAACGCGAAGCCAAAUUGCCACGAGCCUGGCGAAAAAAGGACUUACCUCAAUAAUUUUUUUUAAAUAAGGUGAUAUAUUUAAAAAAAAUAAUAUAAUGAAUUGUCCCUAUUUAUUUUUA